UCCUCCUACAAGACUCAACACAACAUAAUCCACACCAUACACAAUCCUCCUACAAGACUCAACACCAUACAAUACACCGUAGCAGCCGCAAGUCACUGAAGCAAAAAAGACAAUCUCUCAAGCCAUCAUCUUCACCAUCAUACACAAAAAUGGAUAAACUCCACUUAUAAACACUACAGCACAUACAUACCAAAAGCAGCUCAGGCAAUAUACGAACAAAAGACACCAAGUGUGUAUCUUUACGGAAGUUUCUGAGUCGGGUUCGAGUCCGCCGAGGUUCUCUAGUCGUGGGUCCUAUUUUCAGACUCAAAGCUCCAAUGCAACUUAAAUAAAAACGGUGCUGAUCAUAGAUUUUGAGGGUCUCUCAAGUGGGAAGGUGAUGGAGAUUGGUAGAGAGGAUGAUGGCCUGUAUCUGCUCCACCAAUCUAAUAAUCCUACUCUUGGAGUCAAUUUAGCUGCUAACAAUUCUUCUCAACAACCUCAUUUAACUCAGAUGUUUCUAAUGAUUCAACCAGUGUCAAUCCUACAAAUCUAGAUAUCAGUCUUUGGCAUAAAAGAUUUGGACAUGUAUCCACUUUUGUACUAAAUAAGAUGCUACCAAAUAAACUAGAUAGAAUAGUAGAAGUAGUAGAUAAGUGCUCAGUCUGCCCUAGUGCUAAACAAGCUAGAUUUCCUUUUCCUGCAUCUACUAUAAAAACUACUGCUUAUUUUGAUAUUCUUCAUAUGGACAUCUGGGGUCCUUACAAGACCUCUACUAUAGAUGGCCAUAAGUACUUCAUUACUAUUGUAGAUGACUAUUCAAGAAUGACAUGGAUAUCUGCUGAGAUUAAAGUCUGAUGCUUUUGUUAUCAUUCAGUGCUUUCUUACCUUUGUAAAGACUCAAUUUGAUAAAACGGUCAAAGUAUGUAUAACUAACAAUAGAACUAACAAUGGCACUGAAUUUGUAAAUGAAUUAUAUACCUCUCUAUUCAAAACCUUAGGCAUCAUACAUCAAAGAACUUGUGCUUAUUCGCCUCAGCAAAAUGGUGUGGCUGAGAGAAAACAUAGACACAUACUUGAGGUAACAAGAGCACUUAGAAUACAAGCAAAUAUUCCUGUAAAACUCUGGGGUCAUUGUGUUCUAACUGCAUUAUAUAUCAUUAACAGAUUGCCACCAUCAGUCAUUGGUGUUUCACCUUAUGAGAAGUUACAUAGCAAGAAACCUUCACUAAUUCACUUAAGAGUACUAAGGUGCUUGUGUUAUGCCAAGAUAGUGAACCAAACUUAUAAGAUGCAAUCAAGGACUAAACUGCAGUAUUUAUGGGCUACUUUGAAUCUCAAAACGGAUAUAUAUAUUAUAUGAUAUUGUACAUCAAACUUUCUUUGUCAAUAGAGAUGUAGUAUUCAGAGAGGAUGAAUUCCCAUUUAAGUCACAAAAUGUUGAUCCUCCUAUAUUUAAUCAUAUUGAACCUGAUGUGAUAGAUUCUUCUGAUUAUCUACUUUCUAAUGAUCUAGAUGUUUUUGAGUCAUGUGCAGCAGAAACUCAAAUCAAUCCAGCUUCAUAAAUAAACAUCAAUGAGACACCAUAUACAGCUGAUCAUACUACACAUGAGAUACAACCAAAUACUCAACCCACAGAGGUUCAAACAAUACAACAAACCACUAUAGAUACACACACAGUUACACAAACUCAACAAGUGGUACCUGCUCUAAGAAGAGCAAUCACAACCAUACAAGUUGCAACAAGAGCAUCAGGAAGGGAGAAACAACCACCAAUAUGGAUGAAGGAUUUUAUAUCUCUAAAUUCCAUCCAUCGGGAAGCUCAAUAUCCAAUCUCAAACUACAUAUCUUAUGAUAAUAUAUCUCCAAAAUUCCAAGCUUACUUAACUGCUUUCUCUUCUAUUUCAGAACCUAAAAUUAUGUUAAAGCUAGCAAGGAUCCUAGAUGGAUUCAAGCAAUGAAAGAAGAGACUAAAGCAUUACAAAACAACAAUACUUGGACUCUCACAACACUACCAGAAGGAAAGAAGCCAAUAGGCUGCAAGUGGAAGUAUAAAGCAACUGGUGAAAUUGAAAGGCUCAAAGCCAGGUUGGUAGCUAAAGGAUACAGCAACAAAAAGGCAUUGACUACCAAGAGAAUUUCUCUCCUGUUGUAAAAAUGAUUACUGUCAGGAUUGUUUUGUUUAUAGCAGCAUCUAAACACUAGCCUAUGCAUCAAAUAAAUGUGUACAUUUGCAUUCCUUCAAGGUGACUUGUGUGAUGAAAUCUACAUGGACUUGCCUCAGGGAUUUACAAGUUAAGGAGAAACAAGACAAGUAUGCAGAUUUGCUAAAUCCCUAUAUGGACUUAAACAAGCCCAUAGGCAAUGGAAUGCAAAGUUGACUGAAGCAUUAACAAGGUUGCAGUUCAUACAGAGCCAACAUGAUCACUCUUUAUUCACAAAGAAGAAAAAAAAGGAACAAUAAUGGUGUUAGUGUAUGUUGAUGAUAUGUUUGAUCUCAGUAUAAUUCAAGAAACCAGAGCAGCACUUCAACAAGUAUUCAAGAUGAAGGAUCUAGGGGAAUUGAAGUAUUUCCUUGGAAUAGAAUUUGCUAGAAACAACAAUGGGAUACUUAUGCAUCAAAGAAAAUAUUCAUUGGAGUUGAUCUCAGAACUGGGCUUAUUAGGAGCUAAACCAGCAAGUAUUUCUAUAGAUACUAAUGUAAGGCUUAUCACUAAAGAAUAUGAUGAUCAUCAAGUCAAAAUCAAUGCAGAAAAUGAAAAAAUCAGUACAGAAGAUCAAGAUCCAUUACUGACAGACAUUACUUCAUAUCAGAGAUUAAUAGGCCAACUACUCUAUUUGACAGUCACCAGACCAGACAUAGCAUUUGGGGUUCAAACUCCAAGUCAAUAUCUUCAACCACUUAAGAAAUUUCAUAUGGAUGUAGCUUUAAGGACUGUCAAAUAUAUCAAGUCUCAGCCAGGACAAGGGAUACUUAUAUGUAGUUCACCUAUUGAGAAGGUAACUGCCUAUUGUGAUGCUGAUUGGGCAGCUUGUGCACAUAUAAGAAAAUCAGUCUCAGGAUUUCUAAUCAAGCUUGGUGAAUCUCUCAUCUCUUGGAAAUCAAAGAAGCAGACUACUAUCUCCAGAAGUUUAUCAGAAGCUGAGUACAGGAGCAUGGCAUCAACUGUUUCUGAGCUCACUUGGAUACUUAGUUUGUUGAAGGAGACAUCAAAAUCACCUUGCCUGUAA